AAAAAGCAAAAAAUCUGAUCAUGCCUCCAUUUAUAGCAUUUGCCUUAGCUAUACAUAAACACAUGCAGGGGAAGGACAGGCAAGAGAUAAGCAACCUUUGUUGCCUUCCUAAUUGCACACAUGCCGCAUAGCCGAGGGAACUAAAGGGUAAAGGUCCUUAAGGAAGGAAACUCUUACUGGGAUCAGCAUAAGGGGAAAAUACUGUACACGUUUUGGUCCUAAAGUUGUGGCAGGAUCUUUAUUUGGUGCUGAAACCCUCAAAUCUGACCAGGAGCUCAUUUGCAAAAGUCCUGGAUUCUCUCUGGCACGCGUAGACUGUGUGUUUUGACAAGAAUGAAGGAUAUCUUUUUUGGACAUGUUGGCAGCCCUCUGAAAAAGUGCCAGCUCUCCGUAACUAGCUGAGCAAGUCUGAACACUCGCAAAGUGGUUUGGGGGUGCAAACUGCCACCUCCUCCUACUUGCCCAUGGAUGUUGUGGGUGAAAAUGAGGCUCUUCAACAGUUCUUCGAAGGGCAAGAUGUGCACAGAGCAUUGGAGAAUGCAUUGGUGGAUACACGGAUGCUGGAAGAAUUCAUAGACAGUGACUUUGAAUCGUUUGGAAGCCUGCAAAACACGCUCCCAGACUCCCCGCCAGAUUCAGGAUCGGAGCCCUGCUCUCCACCACAGACCAAAGUCACGUAUUAUGACAUUUCAUACCCUACCGGGUUGCGACCUUCAGCACCUCUCCCUUCCGCAGGGCCCACCAAUAAGUUCCCUUGCAACUUUUUUGAGACUUCUUGUAAGACAAAUGCUAUCGGACAAGCGUGUGGUGCACACCAUGACUUCAGUCUGAAGACAGGCAAUGCUCCAACUCCCUGGAAUAACUCCACGCCAUCAAAUAAUCAUGCUUUAAAUGGCUCCCCGUUAAGAUCCUCUCACAACCCCAGUCUUUCCUUGGUAUCUAAAAAGAGAAAGCACUCUGAGAUGUUGGAGGACCCUCUAGAAUUUCAAACAUGGUCUGGCAAUGUUGGACAAAUGACUCUAAAGGAUUCUUCUCCUGACAUACAAGAGUAUGACAGUGGUGUGCAGAACGUAGUGUCUGUUGAAAAAUCCUAUCCGUCCCUUGCCUGGCAACCAUAUCGGAUAUCUCCCUGGAGCAGCCUGUUCAACCAUAAUUAUGAAAAGCUCCCAGAUGUGGGAUAUUACAUUGUUACAAACAAAGGAUUUAAUUUUUCAACAGCAGAUAGCGCUUUUGUUUGUCAGAAGAAAAACCAUUUCCAGAUCACAGUCUACAUUCGAGUGGUUGGACACCCAAAGUUCAUCAAAACCCAUUUGGGGCUGAAGCCGGUAGAAACGUUUUACUUGAAAACUUUUGGUAUUAAGAUGGAAGCUCCCAAUCAAGUAAUCAUCAUUGAGCAAUCUCAACCUGAUCGAAGCAAAAAACCUUUCUACCCUGUUCAAGUUGAUCUGCCAGGAGACCAGGUGACCAAAGUAACCUUGGCACGAUUGCACUUUAGUGAAACAACAGCCAAUAAUAUGAGGAAGAAAGGAAAACCUAAUCCUGACCAAAGGUACUUCAUGUUAGUUGCUGGGUUGUACGCCGUCAGUCAAGACCAGCCCUAUUUGGUGGCUGCUCAUGUUUCGGAAAGGAUCAUUGUCAGGGCCUCUAACCCUGGACAGUUUGAGAAUGACAGCGAUAUGCUCUGGCAGCGAGGACAUGUUCCUGAAACCGCCGUUUGCCACGGUCGAGUGGGAAUUAACACAGACGCACCAGAUGAAGCCCUGGUUGUCUGUGGAAACAUGAAAGUUAUGGGAGCAGUCAUGCAUCCAUCUGACAGGCGAGCCAAACAGAAUAUCCAGGAGGUUGAUACGCAUGAGCAGCUGAGAAGAAUAGCACAGAUGCGGCUGGUUGAAUACGACUACAAGCCCGAGUUUGCAUCUGUUAUGGGGAUUAACCAGAUCCAUGAAACAGGAGUAAUUGCCCAGGAAGUUCAGGAACUUCUGCCAAGAGCUGUGAGAGACACUGGAGACUUAACAUGUGAAAAUGGAGAAAAAGUGGAUCAUUUCCUCAUGGUUGAUAAGGACCAAAUUUUCAUGGAGAAUGUGGGUGCAGUGAAGCAGCUUUGCAAAUUAACAAACAAUCUUGAAGUCCGGAUAGAAGAGUUGGAAGCGUGGAAUAAAAAACUAGCCAGACUGAAACAGAUAAACAGCUUGAAGUCAACGACACCCAGUGAAAAGAACGCAAGAAGGAUUUUUAGCCAAGCUACUUCUCGUUUACCAUCAAGAAAAUCAGCUCCCAUAAAGAUGCAUUCUCCAGAGAAAAGUCAGUCAUGGUCCAGCGCCAGGAUCUUCCAGAUAACUGUGAUUGCCUUGGUUGCAGUUAUGGCAGUCUGUGUUCUGUCGAUAGCCACCAUUUAUGUCCUUAGCAUACCCGACCCAGUCACGGCCAGUUCUACAAGCAGCAAUUCAACAAGUCUGAUAACACUCCCUCCACCCACCACUUUGACAGUGACCAGAUACAGCACAAUGUCUUCAAGCCCCAAACCUACUGGCGUCAUUCCUGAAGUGAAUUUUUGUGGCAUUUUACCUUGUCAGGAAACUUACUGCUGUCCAAGUCAUCAAACAGUAAGAAAAGACCUAAAGUAUCAGAAGGUGAAGGCAAAGGAACAUAGAACGAAAAGGAAAGUACUGCCAGGAAACAACUGGUUUGAGAAGCCUGACCUUGGAAAUGACUGGACUGACACAUCAAUCAUCUCUAUGCAGAUCUUAGAGACGCAACAAAAAAUAGAUCGCCGUUAUUGUCGCAAAAACCUGCAGUGUGGGUCUGGAAAUUAUAGUUACAUUGUUCCCAUUAACAAACACACACCUGUCAUAGUGAAAAUCUCUCUGGAAAUCAAUACAACGGAACCACUCAUUAUCUUUCAAUGCAAAAUCACCUUUGGAAAGUCUUGCUUUCGUCUUCCACAACAAACCCGUCAUAAGAGGGAACCCUUUCCAGAAACUACACAGGGAUUCCAUCAUAUUUGGUAUCUCCCUGUAAGCUCGUUCCAUGACAGUGCUUACCAUUUUCGUGUUGCUGCUCCAGAUCUUGCAGACUGUUCAACGGAUCCUAACUACGCUGGGAUAUUUUUCACUGAUUACUUCUUCUAUUUCUAUCGGAACUGCAUCUGAAAGGAUGGCUUUAACUCUCCCUGAAAAGAAUGGGGAUGGGGAAAUCUUUAGUGCUGCUGAAAGCUUGUUUGCCACAUUAAUUCUUCCUGGCAAACACUUAAUGAACUUCUGUUUUAUGCCCUUGUUUUGGGAAUAUCAAAUGGGAGUAAAUAAAACUGAAGCAUUUUGUU